CAGAAAGAAAAAUUGAAAAUAAUGGAGGGGGGAAAAGAGCACGGAGUGAUUGUGGCGAAAUUCGCGCCGCCGCAGCAGAAUCUGAUAGAGCAGUUGCAGGUCAAGUACAAGGAGUUGGAGAAAGGGUUCCAGGCAUGGCUGGCCGAGCAGACUUUGCCGGUGGAGACGGUAGUUAAUUCCGCCAUCAACGGUGCCCAGGGUGCCGCCAUGGGUUACUUCAUGGGCAUCCUCACCAAAGACGUCUCCACUUCUAUUCCAACUGCUUCCCAGGCUAACCUCAACCCCCAAGCCAUGGCUUCUUUCCAGCAAGCCCAGGCUCUAGCAGGGGGUCCUCUGAUACAAGCUCGAAAUUUUGCUGUAAUGACUAGUGUUAACGCAGGCAUAUCUACUGUAAUGAAAAGAUUGAGAGGGAAGGAGGAUAUUCAAAAUAGCAUGGCGGCUGCUUUUGGUUCUGGAGCUAUGUUUACUUUAGUGAGUGGGAUGGGUGGCCCAAAUCCGUUAGCAAAUGCAGUAUCUUCAGGACUCUUUUUUGCACUUAUUCAAGGUGGUAUAUACAAGUUAGGAGAAAAGUUCUCUCAACCUCCAGCUGAGGAUAUCUACUACUCCAAAACCAGAUCAAUGUUAAAUAACCUUGGCCUCCAGAAAUAUGAGAAGAAUUUUAAGCAAGGCUUAUUAACAGAUAAUACCUUGCCGUUACUCAACGAUAGUGCACUGAGAGAUGUUAAAAUCCCUCCUGGACCGAGACUCCUCAUUCUUGAUCACAUAGAGAGGGAUCCAGAAUGGAAGGAGGUGAGGAAGCAGCCGGUGAAAUGAAAUCCUGUCAAGGAACUCCGUCACAAAAUGCACAAUGAAGAAAAAGAGUAGAGAAGAUGAUAUUGUAUUUGCUUCUUUCGUCCUCAGUCAGACUUCCAAUUCCUGUUAUAGAAUUGCUGAGAAUUUGUUAUAACUUCUAAUUAUGCCCAAGUCAUUUCAGUUGCCCGCAUUCCAUAUUUUGCAUUAUAAACUUGAAUGCAUCAAUUUUCUUUAGUACUUGUCUGGAAAUGGAAUAUCUUGAAUAAAGAGAUGCUUUUGAA